GUGCACGCGCCUCCAUCAUCAGAGAAUCACGCCAAAGCCUCGCUUUUUUUCCUCCUCCCGCUUCGGUCGACACCAGCUGACAUUGCGCCAACACGCCUCGCGUUAUCGGACACUUGAAUUUUUCUCCCACGGGACAUUGAUGCAUUUUCCCGCACGGGCGCCCUCGUCCUCGUGAUUGUCGUCCCGCGCGCAUCCCGAUCCUGCUGCUCCACGCUGCAAGAUGGCCGAGCUCAAUCUGGGGAAGGGGCUGACCGCGGGGAAGGUGGCGAGCAACGUCCAGAAGAAGCUGACCAGAGCCCAGGAGAAGGUUCUACAGAAGCUUGGCAAAGCUGACGAGACCAAAGACGUUGCUUUCGAGGAGGGAGUCAUUAACUUCAACAAGCAAUAUACUGAAGGCAGCAAACUCCAGCGGGACCUCAGGGCUUACCUGGAGGCCGUGAAAGCCAUGCACGAGUCCUCCAAGAACGUGCAGUCCUGUUUGGCCGACAUGUACGAGCCAGAGUGGUACGGCAAGAACGAAGUCGAUUCCAUCGUGGAGGACUGUGACGAGCUCUGGACUGACUACCACCAGAAGUUGGUCGAUCAUGCUCUCAUCUCCAUGGAUACAUACUUAGGACAGUUUCCUGAUAUCAAAGCUCGUAUCGCCAAGAGGGACAGGAAGUUGGUGGAUUUUGACAGUGCUAGACACAACUACGCCACUACUCAUAAGUCGAAGAAAAAGGACGGCGGUAUUAAGAUCACCAAGCCCUCGUCUUUGUUGGAGAGAGCAACCCCCGGCUGGGCUCAAGGCAUCCUGUCUGCACACAACGUUGCCCAGAGCAGCUUGUCCCGGAGCCAGGCCGAAGAGGAGUUGGAGAGAGCUCAGAAGGUGUUUGAGGAAAUAAAUAUUGACUUACAGGAGGAAUUACCUUCACUCUGGAACAGUCGUGUGGGGUUUUAUGUCAGCACUUUCCAGAGUUUGGCGGGUUUUGAGGAGAAAUUUCACAAGGAAAUGAGCCGGUUGGAUCAGGAUCUACACGACGUCUUGGAGAAACUCGAAGAAACGGACACGGACACGAGCAGAAAGACAGGUAGCAGCUUAUCGGCAGCGGCAAAUAGGAGUGGCGCCGAUGACUCCAACCACACUCUCAAACCAGGACCGCCCCCGAUUCCGAAAUCCCCGUCCAAACUAAGGCCGGCGGUGCCUCCUCCACCCAAGGUCACCCCGUCCAAGGAGAUGAAGACGGAGAACAUCAUCGGCCUGUUCGGUUCUGCAGCAAACCCUGAUAUUAGCGUCACAUCCCCGACAGAGCCGACCAACUGGGACUCCUGGCCAGAGGACGGCAGUGCCCAGGAAGAAGAGCCCGCCCAGGUGCGCUAUGACCCCGUGGCGGCCGCUACGGAGGCCUGGGAUGACGACGGCGCCGAGCCCGUCCGCUACGACCCCAUAGCCGCAGCCUCGGAGGGCUGGGGCGACGACGGAAGCCAAGCGGCCCCCUACCACCACCACCACGAGGAAUGGGGCGAUGACGAGGUCCGUGACCACCGGGAGGGCGCGGUGGAGGACGGGGGUACGCCCGUGGCGGAGGACGAGCCUAGCGAGAGUCCCGCGGAGGCUCCGGUCGACGCUGGCGAAGAGGAAGCGCCCCCGGCUAAUGAAGAGGAUCAGGGAGAGGAGGCGGAGGAAGCAGCCCCCGCCGAGGAAUCAGCGGCGGCGGCCGCAGAAGAAGAGACGGCGUCGGAGGAGACACCUGCAGUCCAAGAGGCACCAGCAGAGGCAGCGUCGACAGACAUACCCCCCGGGUUCCUGUUCAAGGUCCAGGUGAUGCAUGACUAUGCAGCCAACGAUACUGACGAACUGGAGAUGAAGGCAGGAGAUGUGGUGCUUGUCAUUCCUUUUGACAAUCCAGACGAACAGGAUGACGGCUGGCUGAUGGGAAUGAAGCAGGAGGACUGGCUGCAGAACCAGGACAAGGCCCCCAAAGGAGUCUUCCCGGAAAACUUCACCCAGAGGCUGUGAACGAUCUUCAUCACCUUCCUCGUCUCAUCCCACCCCCUGGUCCUUUUGUCUUGUCACCUGGACUUUGUCCACAGGAGCAGAGCUGACACACCCCCUUACUGAAAUCGCCCGUAGUCGUGACGUCUGCCGCUCAGGCGAAACUUCUGCAAAAAAAAAAAAGACAAAUCACAGCCAUUUCGACUAAGUGCUAUCGCUGAGGGACUGAUGACAGAAUCCUGCAGGGUUAAAGCAGCCGUCACUGUAACUGACUCUAGCAGAGUGUUAAAUCUCUGUUCUGGUACAGUAGGUAAAGGAUUCAUAUGGCCCCAUUCCUGGGGGCGGGGUCUCGCGUAAGAGGGCGAGGUGCCAUUAACUAUUUUGUAAUGCAAUCUGAUGAAAAUGAUGGGAAGAUAUUCAACACUCUGUUGAGCCAUUUGUGGACAGUAUAAGUUAUUCAGGUCCUUGCCCACAGCAUUUAUUUAUAUGACCCCAUGCAAACAAACUUC